GUCCGGAUCAAAAUUGUCCUUAUUUUGGGAUAAGGGUUCGGACUUUCAGCCCUCUACAACAAAAGUACCUCCGGAUUUUGCUGUCAAAAAAUUGCGAGAAUUCAAUGACAAUGCUCGGCUCUUUUUAGGUUUGACUUUAGAAGUCGAUAUCCAGCAGCAUGAGUAUAUCAAUAAACUGACCCAAGAAGCUGGUGCUGUAUURCACAUAUCACCACGUGGUGACAUGCCUUUUCCAUACGAAGAAGGAAUCGAUCUUGCACCUGGUUUUUCCACAUCAUUAGGGAUGCGAUUGAUUCGAAUUAAAAGAAAAGACAGGUUUGGGAACGAGUCUUGUAUUGCAACAAACAAGGACAGCAAUGUAAACUUGUACGCCAGAAAAUUCAACACUUCUUACUCGACGAUGGCAUGCAUCCAGUCAUGUAUAGCUUCCAGUCAAAAGUCAGUGUGUGGAUGUAUGGARUACAAGUACUAUCCUAAGGACAAGAUUGUAUGUGACGCAUUCAACACUUCAACAGUUAAAUGCUUAAGAAAAGUGAAUCGACUAGCCAAGGACAAUAAAUUGAAUUGUUCAAAGAGUUGUCCACCWCCUUGCACACAAAAUGUGUAUCAAGCGACGUCUUCCUUCUCUUCGUGGCCUUCGGAAAAUUAUCAGGAAGAAUUUGCUGAAGAAAGGAAUGUAUCAACUAAAGAGUUAAGGCGAGUGAAGCUUAUACUAACUUAUAUUCAUGAUAAUUCAAAAAGCAAUGUACAGCCAUCUUCUAGAGAGAAGCAUUAAUGUAAAAUUAGUCCUCKCGCGUUUUAAUAAUCCCGUCAAUCCGAUUUAGAGUUUUCUUGGUACUGCUAUUUCUUCARAGGAAACAGAAAACUAAUUUUGAGGAUUAUUUCGGCUGCAUUUCUUAUCGUGCUUUGYUCUAAUAAUAGGCAUCCCUGUGCAAUGUUUCUUAGAAAUGUCAAAAUCACAGAACAUGAAAACCGAGACGCAGAGGACGCAUUACUGUGAUAUGAUAUGUAAAUGAGCCCCCUUAAGCGUAAUUGAUAUGUAUAUGAGGGGUUGCAACUUAAAAAGGGU